AUGACCAGCCUGUGGAAAGGCCGGCGCAGCUCCGACACCCCGGAGGAGGCUCGCCCGCAAAUCACUCGCAGACCCUCCAAGAAGAUCAUCGAGGACAUCGAGAAGGGCACUUCACGCGCCGUUCGCAAAUUUGAAAACGUCCGCCGCCGAGAGAGCGUGAAGCGCGAUCGGGCCAACCUCAGCACCAUCCUUUCUGUGGGCGACCAGUUCGAGCAGCAGGUAGACCAGCAGCUUGCCCAGUCCGGAGGUCCAGUGCGCCAGCCCUCGACCUCGAAGCGCGAAUCGCCGUCUAGAGCGUCACCGUCAAGCAGUCGCUCCCAGCACUCCAUCCAACCAGAGACCUUCACCGCCCAGCAGCCCCGCAGAGCAAAACUUGAGCGAGCUGCCGUCUCAGAUACACACGCCCUACAGGCCGCCCAGUACGACGGCUCGUCCGACAAAAAGCCCUCGCAACCUAAGCGCAACAUGUUCCGCUACUUCUUCGGUGGCACCGCACAGCCCGAGAAGCCCGAGACUGCCGACGAUGCACCCCGCAGCGACUCGCUGGUCAGCGAGGCUGAGGAGCUGAGGAGACAGUUGAGCGAGAUGGAGAAGCAGCUCGAGAAGACAAACGAUCAGCUGGGCGCUCGCGACGCUGAGGUCAGCACCCUGCAGCACCGCGCCGAGGAGCUCGCCGCCGACUACAAGAUCAAGGAGACUGCCCUCAUGCAGCAGAAGGCUGCGCUCGAGGAGCACAUGGUCAGCGUCGUGGUGCAGCAGAUCACCGAUGCCCGGAAGGCCGAGAGGGAUUCCGUCAAGGAGGGCUGUGAGCAGGAGUAUCAGUCCAAGCUGGAUGCUAUCCAGCACGAGCACGAGGCCAAGAUCACCGCUCUCAUCCGCGACCACGACGUAACAAAGUCCACCACCGAGAAGCUCAAGGCUGACUUGGACUCCCAAAUCGAAAAGCUGAAGUCUGACCUGGCCGAUGCUUCCGAGAAGCACCAGGCAGCUGAGAGCAAGGCUACGCAAGCCGAGUCGGAGCUCGCCGCCCUGCGUGAGGAAUCGGAGAAGGCUGUCGUGGAGGCCAACGCCGCGAAGGAGGCUCUCAAGGCCGAGUUGGAGGAGAAGAUCGCCUCUAUUGCUACUGAGCUCGCUGCCGCACAGUCGGAUCUCUCUGCUGCCCGCGCCGAGGCCGCUGAGCAUGCCGAGAAGCACGACACCCUGCAGGCUGAGUCCACCCGUCUCCAGGAGGAGGCCGCUGCCACCAGCGCCAAGCUCGACGAGCAGAUUAAGGCUCUUUCCGCUGACCUCGAGGCCGCUAAGAACGAUGUUGAGUCUGCUGGCAACGAGAAGAGCGAGGCUGCCGCCAAGGCUAUCGAGGAGGCCCAGGCCGCCGCCGAGUCCUUGAAGACCCAGAUCGCCACCCUGGAGGAGGAGCUGUCUGCUGUCAAGUCCAACUCCGAGAAGCUUGAGCAGGAGUACGAGGCCCACAAGGAAUCUUCUUCCGCCGCCUCCGCCGAGGCCCAGGCUCAGCUUGAGAAUGGCGCAAAGGAGCUUGAUGAACUGCGUCACAAGCUGACCGAGGCCGAGGCCGGUCUUGCGGAGAAGCAGGCUGCUCUCGAGAGCGUCCAGUCUGAGCUCGCCGACAAGAGCGUCGAAGUCGCCAGCCUUGUUGCUUCUCUCGAGACCGAGAGGAACGCCCACACUGAAACGAAGGGCAUUCACGAGUCUGAGGUUUCCGCCCACGGCGAGACCAAGGCCGCCCACGAGGCUUCCCAAUCCAAGAUCGCCGAGCUCGAGGCUCAGAUUGCCAAGGCUGAGGAGUCUGUGACCGUCAUCAGCGAGCUUGAGGCCAAGGUCGCUGCUCUGGAGGCUGCCAAGGCCGAGGCCGAGAGCAAGGUCGCCGAGCUCGAGAGCCAGGUUGAGUCUGCUAAGGCCGACGCUGAGGCCGCUAACGCCAAGGUUUCUGAGCUCGAGGCCACUGCCGCCGAACUUGAGUCCGCCAAGGCCGCUGCUGAGGCCAAGGUCUCUGAGCUCGAGGGCAAGAUCCCCGAGCUUGAGGCCAAGGUUGAGGAACUCACAAAGGAAAUCGAGGGCCACGCCGCCACCAAGACCGAGCUCGAGAGCAAGGUUGAGGAGCUGAACAAGACGGUUGAGGAACAUGUCGCCAGCAAGUCCGAGAUCGAGGCUAAGGUUGCGGAACUCACCCAGGAGGUUGAGGCCCACGCUUCUGCGAAGUCCGAGCUCGAGAGCAAGGUCGCGGAGCUCAACAACGCCAUUGAGGAGCACACCGCUUCCAAGGCCGAAGUGCAGACCAAGCUCGACGAACUCACCAAGGAGAUUGAGUCAAACAGCUCCAGCAAGUCUGAGCUCGAGGCUAAGAUCGAGGAGCUUAACAAGGCUGUUGAUGAGCACACUUCCAGCAAGGCUGAGGUCGAUGCCAAGGUCGAGGAGCUCACCAAGGAAAUCGAGGCGCACACUUCGGGCAAGUCGGAGCUUGAGAGCAAGAUCGAGGCUCUUUCCAAGGAAGUCGAGUCCCACGCCAGCGAGAAGACCGAGCUUGAGGCCGCCCACAACCAGACCAAGACCGACCUCGAGGCCGCUCAGGCCGAGCACACCGCCGCCAAGGAACAGCUCACCUCGCUUGAGUCCCUGCUCAAGGAGGUCCAGGACGCUAAGGACGCUUCCGCUGCCACCAUCGCUGAGAUCGAGGAGAAGGCCAAGGCCGCCGAGGAGCGUUCUGUUGCUGCUGAGGAGGCCCUCAAGAAGGCUGAGGAGUCCCACGCUGAGGAGCUCGCCGGCCUGAAGAGCGCUCAGGAGGCUCAAGAGCAGCUUGAGAAGGACGUUGCUGCUGCCAACGAGGCGAAGGCUGCCCUUGAGACUGAGCUCGCCGAGACCAAGGUCCAGCUCGAUGAGGUCAAGGAGCAGGCUUCCCAAAUUGAGCAGCUGAAGCAGGACAUCUCUGCCGCCGAAACUGAGAAGGCCUCGCUCAACGAGAAGCUCGCCGACGCUGAGGCUAAGCAGAAGGAGGCUGAGAGCAAGGUCGAGGCUGCUGAGCAGGCCAAGUCUGAGGCUGACGCUAAGGUGCAGAAGGCUGAAGAGGAGGCCCAGUCCGCUACUGCCAAGAUUUCUGAGCUCGAAUCUCAGCUUUCUGCUGCUCAGGCCGAUGCCGCCAAGGUUGCUGAUCUCGAGUCCCAGCUCACCGCUGCUAACGAGGCCAAGUCUGCCGCUGAGGCAGAGGUCAACUCUCUCAAGGAAGAGGCUGCCGGCGCAGCUGGCAAGCUCGAGGCCGCUGAGCAGGCCAAGGCCGAUGCGGAGAAGAAGUUCGAGACCGCGGAGGAGCAGAUCAAGAAGGCUGAUGCCGAGAAGGAGGCGCUUGAGGAGAAGCUUGACGCUACGCAGGCUGCCCACGAGAAGCUUGCCAAGAAGUACGAGUCCGUCCUGGAGGCCAAGGACAAGGCCGACGCGAGGCUGAAGGAGCUUGAGAGUAGCCCUUCGGAGCAGACCAACGGCGCCAGCGACGAGGCCAAGCCCGAGGUUGCGGCUGCAUAA